AGGAAGAUAGGUCUUAGGCCAGAGAGGAAGGGCAAUGGCCCAUUCAGUGGCCAUUCGGUGACUUAGCCGAGGCCACUCAGCCAGGUAUUUCCGUAGCCUGGCCUUUUCUGGACUGGACUCUCUCUAAGGACCUCUUCCUCCUCAGCCCAGCAUCAUACAAGGGCAGAAAGGCAGGCAAGAGAGGCACUUGGCAGGGCAGAAGCCAGGGAGGGGUACAGGAGGCAUGGGAAUUGGGGAAACAAUACUGGACUGUGUCCCAACCCUCUUUUCUUGCUGCCUGGUGCAUAAGCCUCGGCCUUAUGCUCCAAAACCAGACUCCACACCUAUAAAAGACGGUCCUUUGCCUGCAUCUUAAUCAACUGACUCCGCCCCUGACCUCACCCCCUAGGAUGACGUUUAGACUUCGCCUCCUCCGGGAGACAUGCAGACCCCACCCCUUCCGGGGGACAGGCAAGCCUAGUGCACAACGGCAUCCCUGUGACGUAACGGUAACGGUCCGUUUCCGGGAUGGAGCCAGGGAGGGCGGGAGUUUAGGCUGCGCUGACCCCUCUCAGCCCCCCCUCCAGGAGACGUUCGGAGCCCAGGACAUGUCGGGAAUGAGGAGAUACGAGGUGGCGCUGGAGGCGGAGGAAGAGAUCUACUGGGGCUGUUUCUACUUUUUCCCCUGGCUGCGCAUGUGGCGGAGGGAGCGGAGCUCGGCGCACCCCGGGGAGCAGAAGCUGGAGCCUCUGCGAGGCCUGAUGAGCUGUCUGUCCAGCGGCCUGGGCCCUGCUCCCCAGCGCUCGGGUCGUGGCCUCCCCCGCCGCAGCCCCGCCGCCGCUGUCCAGCCAGCCAGUGCAUUAAAGAUUUAAACUGAA